GGGACGCGCUGCACCAGAGAGGAGGAUACUUUUUGUCGAGCUGCUGUGCUUGCGUGCGUGUGUCAGACUGGUUGUCAAAAGGCAUUUUCUCUAAAAGGAAUAGCUUGUGAAAGAAAUGAGAGGGUGUCGAGUCGUGUUUCUGUACUUCGUGGUGUUAAAUGCAGCUGUGAAGAAUGUGACGUCCCUGGAAGAAGAGCUCGCUGAUUCUAUUUUUGGUAACUUCCUCGACCCUCUGAAAGACUUGUUUGAUCACAAGGAUGACAGUGAUACAACCGUGGCCAAAUUCUCCCUCCGCAAGCCAUCCCAUCCCGACGAUGACCUGUGCUACAUCAUUCCUGGCCAACCGGACUCCCUGGCGGCCUGCACCUUCAACAGCACGUCCAAAACCUUCCUGGUGAUCCACGGAUGGACGCUGAGUGGUAUGUUUGAAAGCUGGGUGCCCAAGUUGGUGUCAGCGCUGUAUGAACGAGAGCAGACGGCCAACGUCAUCGUGGUGGACUGGCUAAGCUCGGCUCAAACACACUAUGUGGUCGCAGCGCAGAACACUGAAGCGGUGGGACAAGAGAUCGCACACUUCAUCGACUGGAUUGAGGAAACCACCAACAUGCCCCUGGAGAACAUGCACCUGAUUGGCUACAGCCUUGGGGCUCAUGUGGCAGGGUUUGCUGGCAGCCAUGCUACUAACAAAGUUGGAAGAAUAACAGGUCUGGAUCCAGCUGGUCCUGACUUCGAGGGCGAGCACGCCCACCGGCGCCUCUCUCCGGAUGAUGCUUACUUCGUUGACGUCCUCCACACUUUCACGCGUGGCUCCCUGGGUCUGAGCAUCGGGAUCCAGCAGCCUGUGGGCCACGUGGACAUUUACCCCAACGGAGGCAGCUUCCAGCCGGGAUGCAACCUCAGAGGGGCCCUGGAAAAGAUCGCUAACUUUGGGAUUUUUGCCAUCACAGACGCAGUGAAGUGUGAACACGAACGCUCCAUCCACCUGUUCAUCGACUCGCUGCUGAACGAGUGGCAAGCGGCCAAGGCCUACAGGUGCGGCAGCAAUGACAUGUUCGACCGCGGCAUGUGUCUGAGCUGCCGCAAAAGUCGCUGCAACAUGGUGGGAUACGGCAUCAGCAAGGUCCGCAGGGCACGCAACGUUCAGAUGUACACCAAGACGAGAGCCUCCAUGCCCUUCAGAGUUUACCACUAUCAGAUGAAGAUCCACUUCUCCAGUAAGGUCAAUACUUCAGAGAUGGAGCCGUCACUUACCGUCUCCCUCUAUGGAACCAGAGGAGAAGCUGAAAACUUGGAGCUCAAGCUGAAGGACAGGCUUGUGACAAAUAAGACCCAUUCGUUCCUGCUGGUGACAGAAAAAGACAUCGGUGAUUUGCUGAUGUUGAAGUUCAAGUGGGAGGAGAGCAACAGCUGGUCGACCUCUCGCCUGUUGAAGAUGGUUUCCUCGUGGUGGUCCGGAGACUCGGACGGCUCCAACAUGGAGGUUCACAAAAUCCGCAUCAGAGCUGGCGAGACCCAGCAGAAGAUGGUGUUCUGCGUAAAAUACCCAGAUGCUUACGACUUAACCCAGGAGGUCACAUUUGUUAAAUGUAAGGAUGCCUGGAGGAUGAACCCAAGAAGAAGUCCAAAGAGAAUAAUGCUGGACAAUCACUCACCGUGAGGAAAAGACACCAUGGGGAGUUCUUUUGUCCAUCUCAGCACUUGGCAAAUAAUUUAAAUUCAGAUAUACGAGCCCUUUAUCUCCUUAUAUUUAUCUACAGAUGGCUGUAUGUUAUUUAAAGCAAUAUGUAUGUGAAUACUGUACAUUUUUCUUUUUUGUAAAAAGUUGUUUAAUGACAUGUAACUCUAAGUUCAGUUUUUUACUAAAAGUUGAUGCAUUCACCAUUUGGUGAAUAGGUUUUGGUCCAAAUACGGAUACAAUCAAAAGUCAGGUCAAGCAACGUAACGCAGUGAUAUGUUUGUAAAAUGUCUCUUUGAAACCAUUAUUUAAGCCCUUAUCUCAGUCUGGAAACGCACACCGUAGGAUCAUUUAUGGAUAAUACUGGAAUACAGCAUAAUUUAAAAAAAGCUUGCUUUGUGGUCAUGAAAAUAGUGUUGACACAAAGCAAAAACUAUGUGCUGUUAAAUGAAAUUGUUCUCGUGUGGGGUCACCACGUCUAGUUUGGGAGGUACUUUUUACUUAUUGCAUAAAAUACCUUGUCAAAUUUAGUUUCUACAAGUAAUUAGUGGAAAAUACAAUGUUCUUUGUACUCAGACCUCUAUGUGAAGAGAGAUACACUUUUAUUGAGUUGUGAUCUAAAUCCGAUCUCCAUCUGCUGAUAGCAGAGACUGAUUCUGACCUAAACAUGACACAUCAAGUAGGGCUUAUGCAGUAAUAAAAACUUGGAAGCUUUGAGUUUCCGAUACCCAACCAGUGAAUUAUGUCAGUAUUCUGCCCAAUUACCCAUAUUGGAUUGGAUUGGUCCAAUAUCUCUUUAAACUAAAGAGUGGUGGAGUUUGUCUGUUAAAGUGAAUUUCUUUAGGUGUUUUAACAAUUGUGGUACCAUUGUGUCCCCUCUGCGUGUUUUCUAACAUUCACCACUGUGGCUCUCAGUACUGUACGUGACUGUGGGACCUCUAUCAGUGUGCCUCACUGGAAACACUGAGCUGUUGCCCUUUUAACUUGCUUUAACGUGCUUUUCUUGCUGUUUCAAUGAUGCCCGGCGAAACGUAGCCAACGUAGUCUUGAUGCCUCUCCCAAACACCAGACCAAAUGUAGCAUGGCUUUAAGCGAUAGUUCCUGCAGGAGCCUGCAACUACCAAGAUGUUUCGCUUGUCUGAUUGGUUGUACGCCGGUCCCACGUUGCUCAGAGGUCGUUCCUCUCACGCCUCUUGGCACCAUGCCUCUGGAAAUCAAAGUUGAAUCCAGAAUAUCCAGACUAACUGUUUGCGUUAAAGAGGAAAAUAAGUAGUACGGUUGGCCAGGCUAGUUUUUCCACCACCUCAGUGUGUAUGUAACUGUUGUUACAAAGCUGUCAUUUCAAGUACCUUUGCAUGAUUGUAAUUGAUACUAUACCCCUCUACAAGAGGACGUGUUACUUCCCCGCCUCAAAGAGGUGCCAGAAAUGCCUGCAGUAAUGUGUCUAUUUUAGAUGAGCAUCUGAUGCUCACUGUGAGGCGCACACAUGUAGCUAAUAUCUGUUUUUCACAUUUUUCAGAUGUCUUUUUUUCUUAUUCUGUUCAAUAAUAAAUGUUUUUAAUGUUUCCAACUCUUGAGGGUGAUUGGUAAUCCUCAGCUCUUUAGAGAACGGUACUGUGAUAGUUGUGAUUUAAAAAAAAAAAAAAGUUAAAAUGUUUUAUUCUUGCUAUUCUUGCACUGAAAACAGAGGAAGAAAUGACUAAACUGAGCUUUUUGUAUAUUAAAUGUAUGUAAAUGUGACAAUACAGGUCACAUAAUAUCAAAUGAAGAGCACUAAUAGUUGCAUAUUUUAUCUCUGCAUGAAAUCUGUAAAAUGAAAUCCUACAGUUCUUUGUAAAUAUCUGUAAAUACUGGCCGUCACUCUACUGUGUAGUUGCUUCAAUAAACCAGAUUUACCACUU